AUGGCACAAUAUGGGAAAGCUGAGUACUGGGAAGAAAGGUACACAAGGGACGCUGAGCCAUUUGACUGGUAUCAGCGCUGGAGUGGUGUUAAAGACGUGGUAACUCAAUAUGUGUUUCCUACCCACCAAAUACUGCAUUUAGGAUGUGGAAACUCCCGGCUAAGUGAAGAAAUGUAUGAUGAAGGCUUUAUUAACUCUAUUAAUAUUGAUAUCAGCCAAGUCGUUAUUAAAGCAAUGCAAGAAAAGUACAGAGACAAGCAGACUAUGAGAUUUUUGCAUAUGGAUGGGAGAAAUAUGGAAUUUGAUGAUGCGACUUUUGAUGCUGUUAUUGAUAAAGGGACACUUGAUGCUAUUCUCUGUGGGGAAAAUUCUACGGCUCAUGCAAAUAAAAUGAUUUCAGAAGUGUAUAGAGUUUUGUCACCGACUGGAGCUUAUGUGGUAAUCUCUUAUGGACAGCCUCCACAUAGAUAUCCUUAUUUAGAUAAGCCAGAAUUUAAUUGGGAAAUAACGGUUCAUCAAGUCCAAAAGCCGACUAUUGCGAGUACUGCUGCGUUAGCUACAGAUGAUAGAGAUCAGCCUAAUGUUCAUUAUAUUUACGUCUGCAAAAAGCGUGGAGGAAGAGAAGCACCUAGACAAGAAGCUUAA